CGUACAAAUCAUUACUGUUCAGUCUUUGCGCGAAUGAAUGCUUAGAAGCAGCAUAAAUAUUGCUUGACUGGAAACACAACAGAGCAAUUGUGCUAAGCUUGAAAAAUAACACCAUGAAAAGAGUUCAGAUGCCUCCUUUUCUCCUUCAUUUUUUCUUGCUUUCCCUGCUUCCAUCAAAGGCCACCACCUCCUCAUCGGGGACGCAGGCAGAAGCUCUGAUAACCUGGAAGAACAGCUUCUACUUUUAUUAUUAUUAUUCACGUUCUUCUCUCGAUUCAUGGUCCCUCGCCAACCUCAACAACCUUUGCAACUGGACUGCCAUUGUCUGUCACAGCAAUACCAAAACAGUUUCCAAAAUAGAUCUCUCCAACUUAGAGAUCGUCGCCACACUAACCGACUUCAACUUCACCCCAUUUCUUAAUCUCACUCACUUCAACCUCGGGCAAAACUAUUUUGGAGGGCCUAUACCAUCUGCCAUUGGCAACCUCACUAGGCUGACAAUCUUGGACUUGGGCAACAACCUUUUUGAGCAAGAAAUACCCGCGGAGAUCGGCCUCUUAACGGAGCUAAAGCACCUAAGUUUCUACAACAACAGUCUCAAUGGUACAAUUCCCUACCAGCUCAGCAAUCUCCAAAAGGUACAAUUUUUGCAUCUUGGAAAAAACCACUUGAAAACUUCAAACUGGUCUAAAUUUUCAGGCAUGCAUUCCUUGACAUACCUUGAUCUUCAUCGAAAUGUUAUCCAUUCAGAAUUCCCAGAAUUUAUAUUUGAAUGCCAACACUUGACCUUCUUGGAUUUGUCUCAAAAUUGGUUCACUGGCCAAAUACUAGAACCUGUAUUUACCAAACUGGGCAAGCUUGAGUACUUAAAUCUCGCCGAUAACCUAUUCCAAGGACCAUUGCCUUCACAUUUUCCCAAGCUCAAACACCUCCAUUUAGCACGGAACAACUUCAGCGGCCAAAUUCCAACUACCAUAGGUCAUUGUACCGACCUCACGCACUUGUCCCUGGCUUCCAAUUUUCUUAGUGGGGAGCUGCCACAGUCCUUGUCCAAUCUGAACAGCAUUCUCCAGUUGGAUUUCUCCGAUAAUGUAUUUACCGGUCCAAUCUUGCCUUCCGUGAUCUCCAAUUGGAGUCUAGUUGUCCAUUUGAAUCUUCGAGGCAACAGCUUCAGUGGGAAUAUUCCAUCUGAGCUUGGGCAGUUGAUAAAUUUGAAUUAUCUAGGCCUAGACUCUAAUGAUUUUGGUGGGCAACUUCCUAUUCAAAUUGGAAAUCUAAACUUACUAUACAGACUAAACGUGAGCAGGAACCAUUUGACAGGAGCAAUCCCUCGAAGUAACGGUAAUUUUGCUCAGGUUUGUAUCUCGAUUUGUCCAAUAACAAUUUGACAAGUGAUCCCUUGGGGUGUCGAAUUUUUCGGUCAGAUUAUGUAUCUCGAUUUGUCAAAUAAUAAUUUGACAGAAGUGAUCCCUUGGAAUAUCGGCAAUUUUGCUCAGGGUCUGUUGUAUCUCAAUUUGUCCAACAACAAUUUAACAGGAUUGAUCCCUGCGAGUAUCGGCACUUUCACUCAGAUUGAGUUUCUCGAUUUGUCUAAUAACAAGUUGACAGGGGUAAUACCACUUGAUUCCAUCAGCAAUUUGCGCUUGAGAUUAGAGAUUUUCAAUGUAUCACACAACCAUCUCUCAGGGGAAAUCCCAUCAGAAUUUUCCAACAUGGAUAGACUAACCAUCUAUGACUUUUCUUAUAACAACCUCACAGGGCCAAUUCCAACUUGUGGCAUUUUCCGAAAUGCACCAGCUGAUGCUUUUGUCGGAAACUAUGGCAUGUGGAGAGAUGCAAAGGGAAAGGCUCCGUGUGAUUCCUCCGGCGGAAAUUCUGAAAGAAAAAACGACAUCAAUAUUGUCGUUAUUGUUAUCAUAUUCUUUUUGGCUUUUGGCGUGGUUGCAACUAUCAUUGCUCUCUUUCUCUUAUUAGUAUUACGCAAGAGAUCCAAGCUCCGGCCUCAGGAAAUCAAAACUUCUCAGAACUUUGAGAAUUUUGAGUCAAUGAUAUUGCAAGAGGAAGUAAAGUUUACAUUUGGGGAAGUUGUGAAAGCCGUAGAUGACUUUCAUGACAAGUACUGCAUUGGGAUAGGAGGAUUUGGAAGAGUAUACAAGGCAGAAUUGGAGUCAGGCCAAGUUGUUGCAGUUAAGAGGCUUAACACGGAAGACUCUAAUGACAUUCCAGCAAUUAAUCUCCAAAGUUUUGAGAAUGAAAUCCGAACUUUGAUAAAUAUCCGACAUCGCAACAUCAUAAGGCUAUACGGCUUCUGUUCAAGGAGGGGUUGCAUAUUCUUGCUUUAUGAAUACUUUGAGAGAGGCAGUUUGGGAAAAUCAUUGUAUGGGGUUGAAGGGGUUACUGAACUUGGCUGGGCUACAAGGGUCAAAAUUUUGAAAGGGCUUGCUCAUGCACUUUCUUACUUGCACAAUGACUGCUCUCCGCCAAUUGUGCACCGCGAUGUAACUGUCAACAAUGUAUUACUCGACCAGGAUUUCGAGCCUCGACUCUCAGAUUUUGGAACUGCAAGACUGCUGAGUACUAAUUCAUCAAACUGGACACAUAUUGUUGGUUCAUUUGGCUACAUGGCACCAGAGCUUGCAUUGACUAUGCGGGUCACGGAUAAGUGUGACGUAUAUAGCUUUGGAGUCGUAGCACUUGAAGUGAUGAUGGGAAAACACCCUGGGGAUAUGCUAGAAUCCCUACUAUUGGAAUCAUCAAGAUUAUCGCUGGACAAUGUAGGGUUGCUUUUGAAAGAUGUGUUAGACCAACGGCUUGAGCUUCCGACCGAUGAAUUGGCAAAGGCAGUGGUGCUUGUGAUGAGUUUAGCAUUGGCUUGUACACGUGCGCAUCCCAGAUCUCGACCUCCGAUGUCUUUUGUGGCAAAGAAACUAUCAGCUCAAACCUUACCUUGCCUUCCUGAACCAUUUGGUAUUCUGAGCAUCAGCACACUAAUGGGGCUGGGGCUACAAGUUAAUGGAAGCUAGGAACCGAAUUCUAUGUUUAUUUGAGCCGUAAGAUUGGCACAAUGGCCAUUGCUUUUGUUUCAUGUAUAUCUAUGCUUGAAGCUAUUAAUCAUAU